AUGCAAGUCGGUCCUACGUCUACCUCUUCUCUCCUCUUGUGCGUUUUGGCCUUGUCGCUGCUACCUGACACAACUGAGGCGGACUGCUGGCUAAUCGAGGGGGACAAAGGAUAUGUGUGGCUGGCUAUCUGCAGUCAGAACCAGCCCCCCUUCGAGACCAUCCCCCAGCACAUCAACAACACGGUGCACGAUCUCCGGUUGAACGAGAACAAGCUUAAGGCGGUCCUUUUCAGUUCCAUGUACCGCUUCACCAAUCUGACCGACCUCAACCUCACCAAGAAUGACAUCAGCUACAUAGAAGACGGGGCGUUCGCGGGACAAGCCAAUUUACAGGUCCUCCAGUUGGGAUACAACAAACUGACUAACCUAACCGAGGGCAUGCUUCGGGGUCUGGGUCGAAUGAACAGUCUCUUCCUGCAACACAACCUAAUUGAAGUCAUCGCAAACAAUGCCUUCUGGGAGUGCCCUAGCCUAAGUAGCAUCGACCUAUCCUCCAACAAGCUAGCCCGGAUUGACCCCUCCACCUUCGCGGUCCUGAGCCGACUUAUGGUGUGCGAACUGGCCGCUAAUCCGUUCCACUGCGGUUGCGAUUUGUACAGCUUUCUCUUCUGGUUGGAGUCUUUCAACAAUGUCACCCAUACCUACGAUCGGUUGCAGUGUGAGACCCCGCGGGAGAUGUUUGGGUAUCCACUGUUGAGCCCAGUCGCUGCCGGACCUGCGAGUCGGAACGCCAAAAAUAUCUUAUCAUCACGUUGUCGAGAUGGAGUUAUGAUAUCGGGGUAUACGUCACUACCGCCUGAUCUUGAUGGACCUUCAGGUAUCGGACCAGAUAUGUUUGGCGGUAUUGGACCAUACUACCAACCCACCACCUCGUCAUCAUCAACAGAUCGGAAUUACACACCCACCAUCAAGCUUCGUCACGUUUCGCUGUUGUCCGCAUCUUUAUUGGUGAACAUCCCACGUCCCUACAGCAAAAUGUACAUCCUGACACAAUACAACUACUCUUACGUUUCCGACAUCAUGAAUUUGAAGAACACGAAGGAACUCAUUACGUUAAACAAACUAAAGCCACACACAAACUACACAUUUUGUGUAGCGUCCAUUCGGAACUCGCAACGUAACAACCAUACCUGUAUUUCUUUUGCGACACGUGCGCAGAAUCCAGAUGAUACACCGCUUUCACCAUCAACCACCACGCACUACAUAAUGACUAUUGUGGGAUGUCUUUUCGGUAUGCUAAUCUUUCUUGGGUUCGUCUACUACUGUCUGCGGAAAAAGCGUAUGCAUGAUGAGAAAAAAAAAUCUAUUUGUGUGAAGAAGACAAUCCUAGAAAUGCGCUAUGGGCCGGAGGUGGCUGCAGCAGUGGCCAAUGACCCCUCUGCUGUACAUAAGCUCCAGGAGCAGUCCAGGGACCAUCACCAGUACCAACACCAUCAUGGAAACAAACUGCCCAUGUCCACAUCCUCCAGUUCGGGUAUGCUCCACUCAGCUAACACCAGCUCCUCCAGACUCUCAUGUAUUCCACAAGUAGAAAAGAUGGCCACAGCUUUUUCAGAGGCACUGGCUACUAAUAAAGGGAACUACAUGGACAUUCGAACUGGGACAGGGAUGGAGAGGUUGGGGGAUACUGGUCAUGGAGGUCUGAGGGCGGAGGACAUGAGGGACGACGAUGGGACAGAUAUGGGAGAGGACUCAGAUGAUGACGGUCGCGGUUCGGCUUCGGAGAUCUCCACCAUCGCUAUGGAGGUAGAUAAGGUCAACCAGAUCAUUAACAACUGCAUAGACGCUCUCAAACUGGAUGCAGCUGCGGUGGCAGCUUCAGGGGUGUCCGGCAGCAACACACCCGCCUCAAAUCCUACCUCCCCUCCUCCCAACAGUAACUCCUCGCUCACCCGAGGCCUCAUCCCACUGUCUCCAGGGAUGCCAGAGAACUGCCCAGUCAGUGCUCCUACUAAAGCCCCCACUCCUUCUCCAAUGCCCCCCUUGAAUGUGCCCCUGUCGGAGCGGCCAGGCAUCACCGGGGGAGGUUUUGUGGUCACUCCCCCGUAUCGCCCCCCUCCACCAGCCACUGCUGUACGGCCUAUCCAGCGUCAGAUGAGUGCAGAUGCAGCGAGUGUGGGAGUGAAUGCUGUGAAGAAACAGUGCAGCACCAUCUCCUGUGGCUCAAUGGGGCGAGACCGGGACCGUGGGGGAGCUAGAGUAUACAGCCUGGAUGUUCCUGAGCCACGGAGUCCAGAUGGGUGCAACCAAGUGAAGCAGCAGUAUCCUGACCGGGCCAGCCCUGUGGGCUGUGGGGAGCCCCUGGAGAGGCUACCCUUAGUGGGCAGUGGGAGUUGUGGAGGAGGGGGUGGUGGUGGCUGCGACAGUGGUGGUGUUGGUGCUCAGCAUCAGGAGAAUCAGAGGUCUCACCAUUACCAUCAGCAGCCCCAGCAGCAGCCCCAGCAGCAGCAGCAGCAGCUGGAUGUGCAGCAGGACUACCACUGCUCGGAGCACCGCCACUCUGUCCCAGCUCUCUACUAUGAAGGCUCCCACCAGGGCUCCCCGGCCCAGAAGGUGUCCUUUCUGAAGCCCUUGACCCGCUCCCGGAGAGACGCAGCCUCCUACUCCCAGCUCUCCCCUGUGCGCCACCAUUCCAGUUACUCCGGAUACUCCUCCAGCCCGGAGUACUCCGAGAGCACGCUGCGCAUCUGGGAGCGCUUUCGACCAUACCGCAAAGGCCAGCGCGACGAGGCCUGUUAUGUUACAGCUGGAAAUGCCCUUCGCAAAAAGGUGCAGUUUGCGAAAGGAGAGGACCUCCAUGACAUUCUGGAUUACUGGAAGGGCGUGUCGGCCCAGCAGAAGUUGUGA